GCAGAUUUUUCUUUAGCUCUCCGUGAGUCUACAAAAGGCCAGGCCACACCACUGGAUAGAACUCGGACACCAAAUGCUUCCGAGAUUCAUAGGGAAAUGGGCCGAACCACCACAGCUGUGUUCAUCCUCCAUCUUAUCUUGCUCUAUGUCCUUCCAUUCGCUGCUGCCACUCAACUGGCCCUUGCUGCCGAACGACACCACAAGCCGGGCUGCAGCAAGAGGGAGAGGGAUGCCCUCUUAAGCUUUAAGCAGCGGCUCGCGGAUCCUGCCAACCUUCUCUCUUCAUGGCAUGGCGAUGACUGCUGCAGCUGGAGGGGCGUAGGCUGUGACGCUCGCACGGGCCACGUCGUCCUCCUCGACCUCGGCCCCUCCAUAUGCUAUGGCGAUAGCCUCCCGUCGCUGAGUGGUGAUGUAGAUCCUUCCUUGGCCAAUCUAACCCAUUUAAUUCACCUUGAUCUCAGCUUGAAUUCCGUCAACUUGGAAAGAUUUUUACCAUCCAUCGGCAGCCUAACACAUUUGGUGUAUCUUAACCUCUCCGACGCAAUCAACUCCCCCGGCAAGCUUCCUCCUCAGCUCGGUAACCUCUCAAGCCUUCGUUACCUCGAUCUCAGUUCUUCUGAUGAUCUGGAAAUCGACAAUCUCCAGUGGCUUUCUGGUCUCUCUUCCUUGCAACUGCUCGACUUAUCUGAAAUAAGCCUCGAUAAGGUGGCAGAUUGGCUCACUUCGAUUAACAUGGUUCCAACACUAGCUGUGUUGCGUCUGGCGGGCUGCGACCUCCCUGGCAAGAGAACAUCUAUAUCGCAUAACAAUCUCACAUCUCUCGCGAGCCUCGACCUCUCAGACAAUGGUUUUCAUUCUGUUUUACCUGACUGGUUGUUCAAUAUGACCAGCCUAGAGUUCCUAGAUCUCCAUUCUAACAGUUUUCAUGGCCCAAUUCCUGCUUCUUUGGGAAACAUGACUUCCCUCGAGGCCCUCUACAUGGAUGACAAUGAGCUCCAAGGCGAGAUACCGGCGGCCUUGGGAAACAUUUGCAGCUUGCGCACGCUUGAUUUGUCGGUCAACAACAUUACCGGAGGCAUCAGUGAGCUGUUGGAAGGUUGGUCUCGAUGCGGAACAGCAGGGUUGGAGGAGUUAGAUUUGAAGUACAAUAAUUUAAGCGGAGGCCUUCCCCCUCGGAUUGCGCAGCUAACAAGACUCAGGAAAUUCUCUCUGGCCCACAACAGCAUGAGUGGUACCAUACCCAAAGAGAUCGGGCGGCUCUCAAGGCUAGAAUCUUUGGACUUGUCCUUCAACUCCUUCAGCGGUGUGGUAUUCGAAGGUCAUUUCGGCCACCUCGGGAGACUGACGGCGCUGAGUCUGACCUCCAAUUCUCUGGUUUUGAAUCUCUCCUCUCUCUGGAUUCCUCCUUUUCAGCUCCAAAUCCUUGGUCUGGGUUCAUGCCAACUGGGGCCUGAUAUCCCCCCAUGGCUUCGAACCCAGAAAAACCUCUCGGAGAUAGGCUUGUCUCAUACGGGGAUCGUCGGCAGCGUCCCAGGCUGGUUUUGGAAUCUAGCCUCUAAUAUUUCUUUGUUAGACCUUUCAUACAAUAUAAUCACUGGAAGGCUGCCAAAGUUUUUCAAAUUUUCCAGUGCCUACUUGGUGAGCCUGAGUUCCAAUCAGUUCGAAGGCCCGCUGCCUGGUUUUUCUGCCGAGAUGGAGUACCUGGAUCUCUCCUACAAUUUAUUUUCAGGAACCAUCCCCCCAAGCUACAUGGAAGCAAUGCCUCAAUUGACGAGCUUACUGCUUUCUAGCAAUCUUCUUCAUGGUACCAUUCCCUCAUCACUUUGCAAUUCCACUAUUUCAGGUGCCCUUGAUCUUUCAAACAAUUUUAUCACGGGGGGUCUCCCUGCAUGCCAAGAUGAAAGUUCUUUCACGAAAUUAGCGACCUUGAAUCUGGCGAAUAAUAAUCUUUCGGGAAAGAUUCCCAAUUCGAUUGGCCAUCUUCGAUUUCUCGAAACGCUUCACUUAAACCACAAUAACCUCUCUGGGGAGAUCCCUUUGGCCUUGAGGAACUGCAGCUCUUUGAUUUUAAUCGACCUCGGCGAAAAUAUGCUCUCCGGGCGUAUUCCAGCAUGGAUUGGAGAUGACCUCUCAUCUUUGAUGUUUCUUCGCUUGCACUCAAAUAUGUUCUCCGGUCGCAUACCUCCGCAGCUGAUGCGUCUGUCUACUCUCCAGAUCCUCGACCUUGCCGACAAUGGUCUAUCAGGACCUAUACCUCCAUCUGUCGGCAAUCUCAGUGCCAUGAUCACGAAACAAGAGCCAACUAUCAAUGUCAUAGAGAGCACUUUCUCUGUUGUGUAUACAGUAGCAGGUGAGUAUGAUAUUUUCAGCCAUCAAGAGAGCUUGCUGCUGGAUGUUAAGGGGAGAGACCUCCAGUACGAAAAAAUUCUUACCUUGGUCGCGUUUAUAGACUUCUCAGACAAUAAACUAAGUGGAGAGAUUCCUGCGGGGCUGACAGAUCUUGUUCAAUUACAGGGCUUGAACUUAUCCCACAACCAAUUUACAGGGAAAAUCCCUGAAAAGAUCGGCAAUCUGAAGUCUUUAGAAUCUCUUGACUUAUCGAAGAACAGACUAUCUGGUACAAUUCCUUCGAGCAUGCCUAUGUUGAGCUCUUUAAGUCAUUUGAACUUGUCAGACAACAAGUUAUCAGGUAGAAUUCCAUCAGGCAAUCAACUUCAAACACUUGAUGACCCCACUAUUUAUAUCGGCAAUGAUAAUCUAUGCGGAUUUCCAUUGGCGAAAAAGUGUCCAGGGGAGGAAACAUCUCAGGCUCCGGUCUCCCCCCGUGGCAACGAUAGUGCUGACGACAGUAUCACUGAAAUGCUGUGGUUUUACAUUGGAGCAGUACUUGGCCUCGUCGUCGGAUUCUGGGCAGUAUUUGGUAUCCUAAUAUUUAAGAAGAAUUGGAGGAUUGCAUAUUUCCGAUAUGUUGACCAAGUGUAUGAUAUGUUUUACGUAGCAGCAGCAUUAAUGUUCAUGAAGUUGAAGAGGAAAAUGUCGUAAGUAAACAAAGAUGGUGCCAACGCAAGGUGUUCUAGAUGACUCUGGUAUCCCCCUUUUUGUUGUUGACGAGGCGUCCUUGAAAAAUAAUAUCUGAAGUUAAAUGACGAUCUUGCAAGAAAAUCCACUCUGUUUUCAUUUUCAUAAAAUGGGCCAGCUUUAUUUUUUUGUUACUUAUUUUUUUUUUCUGGCCUUUAUUAGACUAUCGCGUCCUUGUUGUCAUGACUCCGGCAGAAAAAUUUUACAUGUGCAUCAAUGUAUAUUAUCUAUGCACUCAUCAUCA